AUGUGCUUGCUAGACCCAGUCAGGAUGAUGAGGACAUGGGUGCGUUUCCCCAGCUUGGGCGUAGCCAUCUUGAAGAAGUAUGACAAGCUCAUCCCCACAGACGGCGAUGACCUGCACCUGGCAAGCCGUGACUUCAAGCAAAUUCUCUUCAAGGGAGUGGUUCUCCCAGUCAUCAAUGAGCUUGGCCCACCAUUGACAGUGCUGCCGGAUCUAUCGACGCCGCUGAUGCUCGCCGUGGAUGAGGCCCACAUACCUGUGGCCCAGCUCCUUCUGGAGCACGGCGCGCUCACCAAGUGCAAAGAUGAGGAUGGCUUCACCGCCCUCGCACGCUGCGAUCCGGGAGUCAAGGAUGAGUUCCGAGUUCUGACCUCCGGGCACACGAGUGAGCCACACUUGCCCGAGGAGGGCUUGAGAGGCUGA